AUGAAAAUUCUUACUUUAAUGCUGCUAUUGAUGGUUGUCAAACUGAGUUCUUCGACAACAUAUUCAUGUAGUUCAAGUUCUUCCUGUGGGUGUUCAACUAAUUCAGCAACAUUGACACGUAUUGUUGGAGGAGAAGCAGCUGCUUCGCAGACUUGGGGUUGGGCCGUGUCGCUAUGGAUCCAAGGUUCGUUAUGUGGUGGAUCGAUCAUUUCAGCUUCGUGGAUUCUUACAGCUGCUCAUUGUGUUUCGGGAGUUAGCGCCAACCAAAUCACUGUUUACGCUGGUUCCAAUACGAUCUGGUCCGGCAGUCAGACUAGAUCAGUAUCAUCAGUCACUACCCAUCCAAGCUACAAUUCGGGUACCUUGAUCAAUGACAUCGCUCUUCUUCAACUGUCGACUUCAUUGAAUAUGGCUGAUCCGGCUGUCAGUGCCAUUUGUCUUCCAUCUGUCAGUUCUGCCAUAUUAUCAAAUAGCGAAUGGCCUCCAGCUGGAACAACAGUAAGUAUUUAUGUCUAUUUCAAUGUGAAACUGUGCGGGAUUCUAGAUGCGUGUCAAGGUGAUUCCGGUGGUCCUCUGAUGGCUUUCACGUCAAACAAUGAGUGGGUUUUGGUCGGUGCGACAAGCAGUGGCAUUGGUUGUGCUCAAGCGAGUUAUGCUGGUAGUUACACGCGUAUAGCCCAAUAUCAAUCUUGGAUCCAAACGACCACUAGUGGUCAAUACACCAAUUCAGCAUCAUCAAGUUUGAUCUCGUCCACAACAGAAAUUGAUUUAACAGCACAAUGUGCAGCACCUGCUCAAUAUCGAUCGGCUCUAUUCUUUGUACUAAUUCCUACUUUGCUAUUUCUCGGCAUCAUGAAAUCACUUCGUAAUCAAUUAGCAUGA